AUGAGCGACGUGGUGGAGCGGACGCUGAGCGCCUUGCCCGGCUGGCUGGGCCAGCAGCGCGAGCCCGCGGCGGCGCUGGGCGGAGGAGGAGGAGGAGGCCCGGCGCGGCCCGGCCGGAGCGCCGCCACCUCGCGCCUGGGCGGCCUGAUCCGCAGCAUCACCGCGCUCGCCUCCAAGCAUGAAGAAGAAAAACUUAUCCACCAGGAAUUAAAUAAUUUAAAAGCCACUGUUUCCGCACCAACUACAACUCUGAAAUUGAUGAAGGAAUGUAUGGUGAGGAUGGUCUAUUGUGAGAUGCUGGGCUAUGAAGCUUCUUUUGGAUACAUCCAUGCCAUUAAGCUCGCACAGCAAGGCAAUCUUUUUGAGAAAAGAGUUGGUUAUUUGGCAAUUUCUUUAUUUCUGCAUGAAAACCAUGAGUUGCUGGUUCUACUGGUGAAUACAGUGGUGAAGGAUUUGCAGAGCACGAAUCUCAUGGAGGUGUGCAUGGCCCUCACAGCGGCCAGCCAGCUUUUCCCGCAAGAAAUGAUUCCCGCUGUCCUUCCGCUCGUAGAAGACAAACUCCAGCAUUCUAAGGAAAUUAUUCGGAGAAAAGCCGUCCAGGCCCUCUACAAGUUCUACUUAAUUGCACCCAAUCAAGUCCAGCACAUUCACGACAAAUUCCGGAGGGCGUUGUGUGAUAGAGAUGUGGGUGUCAUGGCGGCGUCUUUGCACAUCUACCUGCAGAUGGUGAAGGAAGAUUCCUCGGAAUAUAAGGAUUUAACAAGCAGCUUUGUAACAAUUCUGAAGCAGGUGGUUGGAGGAAAGCUCCCCGCGGAUUAUAACUAUCACAACACUCCAGCCCCUUGGUUGCAAAUCCAGCUUUUAAGAAUAUUAAGGCUACUUGGAAAAGAUGAUCCGAGGACCAGUGAAUUAAUGUAUGAAGUUUUGGAUGAAUCUUUAAGGAGAGCAGAAAUCAAUCACAACAUUACCUAUGCGAUCCUGUUUGAAUGUGUCCACACCAUUUACACCAUUCACCCCAAAUCUGAUCUGCUCGAGAAGGCCGCCAAAUGCAUUGGGAAAUUUGUCUUGUCUCCUAAAAUUAAUUUGAAAUAUUUGGGAUUAAAGGCUUUAACGUAUGUCGUCCAGCAGGAUCCCAACCUUGCACUGCAGCACCAGAUCACAGUAAUUGAGUGUCUGGAACAUCCUGAUCCCAUCAUUAAAAGAGAGACCUUGGAACUUCUGUACCAAAUAACCAAUGAACAAAACGUCACUGUCAUUGUACAGAAGAUGCUUGACUACAUAAAUCAAAGCAAAGAGGAAUAUACCAUCAUCAACAUUGCUGGAAAAAUAGCAGAGUUAGCUGAAAAAUAUGCUCCAAACAAUGAAUGGUUCAUCCGGACGAUGAAUGCCGUGUUUUCUGUGGGAGGAGAUAAAAUGCAUCCCGACGUUCUGAACAAUUUCUUGAGACUUCUUGCGGAAGGCUUUGAAGAUGAGAAGGAAGACGUUCAGUUGCGGUUUCACGCCGUCCAAUCUUACCUGUCAUUACUAGAGGACAAACAUGCAGUUUAUCCGCAGAAAUUUCUUCAAGUGAUGAGUUGGGUAUUGGGAGAGUACAGUUACCUCCUGCAAAACGUGGAUCCUGAAGUUGUUUUAGCAAGUUUGUAUCGGAUCCUUAAAAGCAACGCCACGUCUGAAACCAAAGCUUGGAUCGUGGCUGCAAUUUCUAAAACGGCUUCCCGUGCAACCGGUUCAAAGACGGUGGAGAAAUUCCUCUUGGAAUUCAGCGCAUCCUUGGAUACCAGCAUGAGGCAGCAGGCGUUCGAGUUAAAAUACCUUUACGAAAAUAAGGAACUGAUGAAGAGACUGUUUCCACUUGAUGCGAGCUGUAGGAACGUUGUGGUGGAUGCUUCAUUGUCUUUCUUAGACGGCUUUGUGGCUGAAGGACUGGACCGGGGUGCGCUGCCAUACAAACCUCAUCACCAAAGACAGGAAGAAAAACUGUCCCAGGAAAAAGCUUUGAACUUUGAACCCUAUGGGGAAUCCCUUUCUCGGAGCUUCCCUGCAUCCAGAAUUACUGGCAGGCAGUCUCCAACCGGACUUUCUCUGGGCUCGGAUAAUAGUGUGGAGACAGGACAAAAAGAGAACAACGGUCUGAAGCUUGAGGGCGUAAAGAAAUUGUGGAGCAAAGAAGGCUACCUCCCCCAGAAGAAAAGCCCAGAAGAACGAGAAGAGAUAACCACCGAGGCUGCUCUUCGGGGCGGCCCAUCAGUAGAGACGGUGGCCGGCACUUUCCCACUGCAACCUAAGGAAGAAACGACGGAGGUCCCAGAAGGGACCAAAGAGAAACAGCGCCUGGCUUCAGCACUCUUUGUCGGGCUAGGGUCACAAAGCAGCACCAAUCUGAUGGGCAAGGCAGACUCCACAGCCCAGAAGUUUACAAGGAAAUUGAAAAUGAACGAAGCCUUCCCUAAUGAGAGCUCAUCGCCUAUGGAAAGCUCAACUACCACUUCCCUGUUUCCGGAAGCGUCAACUGGAAAGAAGGACCUUUUUCUAAACAAUGGACAUCUCAAAUUCAGGAAAGCUUCCCUAAAUUCCGCUGAAAUGCCUGAAUGCAAAACGGUGCUCGAUCGCUCCCAUUCGUUGCCGGAAGGCGGGUUGAAUGAGAAGUCCCUGGAUCACCAGUUUUCACCAUCUUCUUUAUUUACCCACGGUCACACGGACGUUUUUCAUCCUUCCACAAGUUCUCCCACUAUAAUUCAAAAGCGACUUUCGCAACUAACUCCUCGUCUGCCAGAAGAAGCAAGCCAGCAUCCUCAUUCAGACAUUUCAGAACUCUGCGGCAACGAAUCCCUGCUUGUAUAUUUUUCUAAGGUCUGGGAAGAGGACCGUUUUCUGGUUUUUUUAUUUCUCGCCAAUAAAAGCCCUUCCAUUCUGAAAGACGUAAGUCUGGAAUUCCAGCACUCCGAACAUUUUAAGAUGGUGGAAAGUCUUAACUGCCAACUUGCUGUGAUAGAAAGUAAAAAUAUAGAAAACUUCCAGAUAUAUGUAGAGAUGGAGAAAGCCUGUUCUUCAGGAAAGAUCUUUGGUUGCAUCAGUUAUCCAUUAGAAUCGAAUGUCCAUCUCAGAUUUUCUAUCUCUUUAGAGCUGUUGGAUUUUAUUAGACCAAUGAAGAUGAGCACGGAUGAAUAUGGAAAACUGUGGCUCUCCAUUUCAAAUGAAGUCAAACAAAAUCUAAUGGUGGCACCAUCUCAAGGUACCCUGUCCAUGAUGCUAGACAUCCUUCAGCAAAAAUUGAAGCUACAUAUUGUUGAUAUCAUAGGAAAUGAGGGAAUAGCCACUUGUCGACUGCUUCCAUCAACCCCGUGUCUUCUCCACUGCCGGCUCCAUGCUGGAAAAUUAGCCUUGUGGUUCAGAUCACCUUGCUCUGCUCUACCAGACUGUUUACUUUAUCAAUGUCAGAAGGUGAUGGAAGAAUCCUGAAAACCACACGGUCUCCUUUUUGGACUGAUAGGAAGGAAGGGUGUGGUUGUGCCUAGGGGUUUACCACACCCAACUUCUGUUCUACAUGGAGUGGAGAUGUGCCUUGGCAUUAGCGUGGCACUCCUUCCAGUGGGAGGAGAAAACCCAUCACGAUCAGCCUGACGUUGACAAGGCAAUAAGGUACGGGUAGCUGAACGAGACAUGUUAUGCAAGGCACGUAUUUUCUAUUAAUGUAUUUGUAUAACUCACAGGGGACUAGUAGUAGGAUCAGUUACUUGAAUUACUCAAUCACUACGCUCCCUAGUGCAGAGAAGGGUCUUAACUUCUGUUUACUUUUCUGAAGCGCUUGAAGUGGCUUCUUAAGCACUUACAAGAAACAACCUGCGGAUCACGAAAAUGCAGGGAUAACCCUCAGUUCAUCAAUGCAUCAUGGCUGGGUCAUGGCACGGUGAAAAGCUCUUGGCUUGGCACCAGUCACCGUUGACUGUACCUCAACAGAGACAUCGGAAUUGGGCGGUCUGUCUUCAGUGUUUUGAUCAUAUGGAUAUAUAGUAGGAUGACUAGGUUUUUUUUGUGUGUAUGUGUGUGUGUGUGUGUGAGAGAGAGAGAGAUCAAGGAAGUACCUUUUGCAAAGACAGCUUGAGAUGGGCGGUGUGAUUCUAGGUGUGCAAUACAGAGUUUCUACAAUUUCUGCGCGAACUUCCAGAUCUUUUGACUUGGUGAGCUGUUCCCUCCUCAUCGUCCUACUACCUUUGGCCAUGUGAAAAUGUAAA